AUGUGGGAGAGGAGCAACAAACUUACAGAAAUAUAUCCAUCUUCGAAUGUCUCAGAGGAAGAAAAUGACUCUUCUGGUAAUGUCUAUAAUUGAAUAACGAUCUGUUGUGAAUCUGUGCUCUUUUUUUUUUUUUUUUUUCAAUCUUAAGUCGAAGGUACAAGUGACCAAUUUAAUAAGUUUGAUCUGUUUGUUCACCCCAAAUGGAAACAAGCAGGAGAGCGCUCGUUCCCCAACUGAGAGAGCGUAGGACUGUUAAAUACUAGCGUUUGUUAGCUUCUUAUGUCGGCAAAAUUCCCCUGAGUCAAGAAAAUCUUUCUUGAAACUUUGAUAACUUUUGAAACCUUAGCUGCACUUUUUUCUCCUCAUUUAAAGAUGUCCUUAGUGGUAGCAGAAGCAGUGAGAGAAAGAGCAAAAGAAAUCUCUUUGGUUUUUGGUGAGGAUAAUUGAGCUAUUUUGAUUCUACCCUUUUCUGCAUAUUACAUCUUUUAGCCCAAAAAACAAUUCCUUUGUUUUUCCAGGCCGAAUUACUCAAAAUAGCAGAUCGAACUGAGAGCUCUAUGUUUAAUAUAUAGUACAUCUUUUAGCCCAACAAGCAAUUCCUUUGUUUUUACAGGAAGUCUGAUUACUCAAAGUAACAGAUCGAAGUGAGAGCUCAAAAAUCGCGUAUUUACAAUUUGAAUGGGGGAAAAAUAAUAUGUUUUGAUUGUUUCGUGUUAAUUUCCAUGUUUGAUGUGGCCACUGUUGGGUGGUUUCUGUAAGUUCCUUGCUUAGUAACAGAAAGCAGUCAAAAAGAUAUUUCGGAAGUGCUUUACUUGUCUGAAGGUUGCGUAAUGGGUUUUUUAUGACCAAUAUUUUUUACGUCUUCAUUUUUCAGGCUUCUCGGCAUGUGUAACUACUUUGGCUUCGUAGUUAUGUUAAUUGCUGCUCAUGAUAUUCUUCAUCAAGAGAAAACAAGUAAUCGAGGAAACCAAGUAUGGUUUGAAUUAGGUGUUUCUGAAAUAAGCAAUUAAGGUAAUCCACAUUGUACAUGACUACUGAAAAAACUGAUAGUUUGGUUUUAUGAACUGAAUUGAUAUUGAAAAAUGGCCACCGUACAGAAUUUCUAAAGCUGACGUUUCGUAAGCCCUUUAUCAGAGCGAAUAGAGGAAUUGUGGGUUCUGUGUGUUUCUUUGCAGAAUAAUGAAGUAACGCUUUUGAUGGGAAAAUGGUUUCGUGAAAAAAACGAAGAAAACUUUGUUAAAUGUUCUUGAGUUUAAGACGGAAAGGCCGUAGACUGCCAUAUGCUUCAUAGAAUGAUUCCUUUCUACGUUCCGAAGCUCUUUUCGGAAGUCUACGAAAGUGCAGAAUUAUAGUUGUCCGAGCAGCCGACACAAGUUGCGCGACAGUUAUUUGGCGAGCCGAUCUCCACAAAAAGAAAGCUUUGCGGCAACUUUCUGACACGUCUUUUUAUCAAGAAAGUUGAUAAAUACCGCACUUCUACCAACCAAAACAUUAUCAAGAACACUAUGAAAGAUCUUACAGCAAAAUGAGAAUUUCCGGUUACUGAGAUCACCAUCCCUAGAAAGUAGUGUAUUUACUUUUUACCUAAAAAAUCUUCAAACCCAACAACUCAGGACGGCGUAUCGUCUCUGCCUGUUAUUGCCGAACUUAUUUAUUGCUAUUUAAGGUUACUUCCCACCCUCGCGGGUGUCCUUCAGGAAAAAAUUCGUACGUGCGCAAGUUUUACUAAAAUCCUGUCAAAUUAUAUAUCAAAAGAAAGCUUAAGAACUACAGUUUACGAUAAAAAUAUAACAAGCGACUUUUCUUUUAAGAAAGUGUCAGGAGCCGUUAACAUGUGA